UUUGUUUUCUCUGUUUUUUUAGAUUCACAAUUAAUCUACAGACAGGAACUGAUCCCAACAAUCCUCCGGACAUUGCAUUUCACUUUGAUGUGCGCUUCUUUAACCGAACAAUUGUUAGAAACACACGUACAUGCAACUCUUGGCAACACGAAGAAAAACAGUCUCCAUCCUUUCCUUUCAGUUCCGACUGCCGUUUCGACAUGAUGAUACGUGUCACCAAGGACCAGUACAUGGUUGCAGUGAAUGGGCAACACUUCAUCGAGUUUAAACACCGCUUGUGGCCCCUUUCUCGUUUUGACACUCUCUACAUUGAAAGCGAUAUUUCUGUGCAAUCGAUUCGAUUUGGCUCGAAAAACAGCCCGUCCGCAUGUCCUCGACGAGUCUUGNCUGACUGCAAAGAAACAUUGUUUGUUUUUCUCUGUUUUUUUAGAUUCACAAUUAAUCUACAGGCAGGAACUGAUCCCAACAAUCCUCCGGACAUUGCAUUUCACUUUGAUGUGCGCUUCUUUAACCGAACAAUUGUUAGAAACACACGUACAUGCAACUCUUGGCAACACGAAGAAAAACAGUCUCCAUCCUUUCCUUUCAGUUCCGACUGCCGUUUCGACAUGAUGAUACGUGUCACCAAGGACCAGUACAUGGUUGCAGUGAAUGGGCAACACUUCAUCGAGUUUAAACACCGCUUGUGGCCCCUUUCUCGUUUUGACACUCUCUACAUUGAAAGCGAUAUUUCUGUGCAAUCGAUUCGAUUUGCUUGAAUUUUUAUGUUUAGCUUUCAUAUAACGCCUUGUGUAGACUUAAACAAAAUAAAAUUUACUUCAAAAAAUGA